UUUGCGGUCAAAUUGUAUUUGUUCCGUAAAUAAUGUAAAAUCCAAUCAGAAGCAAUCGAUAUGUAGUUAAUAAAAUAUAAUAAUUAUGCGAGAAUUUGGCAAAUUUGGCCCUUUGAUAGGUGCUAUUGAUGAAGGAACGUCUAAUGUUAAAUUCUUGGUCUUUGCUGCUAAUACAUCAGAAGUACUUACAUACCACCAGCUACCCCUUAAGAGAUUUAGCCCCCAAGAUGGUUGGGUAGAACAAGAUGCUUUAGAAAUUCUUCAUUCCGUUGUGGAGUGUAUAGAGGUAACUGUAGACAAUUUAAGAAAGCUUGAUAUAAAUCCGGAGGAUGUUGUUGGAAUCGGUAUCACUAAUCAAAGAGAGACCACCAUAGUAUGGAACUCUAGAACAGGGAAACCAUUAUACAGUGCAAUAGUAUGGUUAGAUGUUCGUACAUCUAAAAUUGUUGAUGAACUUAACAAAAACAAAGGUAAAAGAUGCAUAAAUGCUGUCACUCGAACCAGUGGACUACCACUCUCAACAUAUUUCUCAUCGGUCAAACUCAAGUGGCUCUUAGAAAAUGUAACAGAAGUUAAGAGGGCCGUAUCUGCUAAUGAAUGUAUGGCAGGCACUGUAGACUCUUGGCUAAUAUGGAAUCUAACUGGUGGAAAUGUAGGAGGAGUUCAUGCUACUGACGUAACAAACGCAUCACGAACACAGCUAAUGUCAUUAAGAAGUUUGGAGUGGGAUGAUGGAUUGCUACGCUUUUUUGAUAUACCUAAGUCAAUUUUACCAAAGAUUAGGAGUUCUGCUGAAAUAUACGGAUAUAUUGCUACUGGUUCCCUACUUGGUACACCAAUAGCAGGGUGUAUAGGAGACCAGCAGGCAGCUCUUGUAGGGCAAAAUUGCAUGAAUUUUGGCCAAGUUAAAUGCACAUACGGUACAGGAUGUUUUAUUUUGUACAACACAGGGGAGUCAAUAGUACAUUCUGAGAAUGGUUUGCUGACAACUGUGGCAUACAAACUUGGUCCCUCAGCCCCACCAAUUUAUGCUUUAGAAGGAUCAGUUGCAAUAGCAGGUGAUAUGUUACAAUGGCUCCAAGACAACUUGGAAAUACUCCCGGACAUAUCGGAGACAGAGCGGCUGGCGACGGAGGUGUCUGACGACGACGAGGGCAACAUUUGCUUCGUGCCCGCCUUCAACGGCCUCUACUCGCCGCACUGGAGGAAAGAUGCCCGCGGAGUGAUGUGCGGUCUAAGCAGCAGCACUAGCGCGUGUCACGUGGUCCGCGCGGCGCUGGCGGCGGUGUGUCAGCAGGCGCGGAGCGUGGCUGACGCGAUGGCGCGCGACGCCGCCCCUCUGCGCCGCCUCCUCGCCGACGGCGGCAUGGCGCAGAACACCGCGCUCAUGCAGAUGCAGGCUGACGUGCUCGGGAUACCCGUGAUUCGGCCACUGAUGAUGGAGAGCACGGCGCUUGGCGCGGCGAUGGUGGCGGGGGCGGCGCUGCACGUGUGGCCCGCGACCACGCCCAGCCCGCCCUCUGACACUUUCAUUCCUGCCAUCUCCUCUGACGCGCGUGAAAUUCGUCGAGCCCGUUGGGAGAAAGCUCUGGAAAGAUGCACAGGGUGGUCGACCGAAGAAAAAAUUGAAAGUGAAGCAAAAGAAGAAGCCGACUACUCAACUGCAGUGCUUCCAUCUGGAUUGUUCUUCCUUGGCACAGCACUUCUUGUCAUUUUAGCAGAUAAAUUAAAAAUAAUAUAAACAUUGCCAUUCCCUGUAAGGUAUAAUUAUUAUGAACAAAUUAAUGCAGUAUUAAUACAUUGUUAGUGAUUUUUAGUUACCAUACACUGAAAUAUAUGUUGUUACAAUUU